AUGUCUGAUAUGGACUUUGGUUUAGAUUCCGAUGAUCAGAACAUUGAUAAAGGAAAGGGAAAAGAAAUUUUUGUUGAAUCACCAACCAGUAGAGCAGAACUAGAAGAGAUAGGGGAAAUAUUAUCUAGCAACGAAGCACAAAACGAAUAUCCUGAACCUAGUGAAGAUGCUGACGACGAUAGAGCCUCCUCUUCUAGUUCCAAUAAAUUUGAACUUGGUAGAAAAGAAGAAGAAUUUAUAGAAAAGGAUCGUUCUUUAUUGGAAUUUCUUUCAUUAAUGGAUGACUUUGAACCUCUUAUACCAGAACUUGUCACAGAAUAUUAUCUCUCCAGAGCAGGUGUUCAAUGCGAUGAUAUUCGAGUGAUGCGAUUAAUGUCUUUAGCGGCUCAAAAAUUUUUAGCAGAUAUUGCAACUGAUGCAUUUCAAUAUUGUAAAAUUAGACAGCAAAGUAAAAAGAAUGUAGGAAAGCAACGUACCAAGACUGUUUUAACUUUGGAAGAUCUUACAGCCGCAUUAUCUGAAUAUGGAAUUGAUAUUAAGAAACCUGAUUAUUAUCGUGCAUAA